ACGCGCUCGCUCUGCUUCAUCUGCGCCUGCGUACAUUUUCUGUUGUGUUGGUGCGUCUAUGCUAACAGGCUAAUUUCGGCUGCGCGUCUUUUAUUAUAAACAUAUUUAUCCGCUUUAUCUUCCGUUUGCACUGUUUCAAACAACACGAACAAUGGCGGAUCCAAGAAUACGGCAAAUUAAAAUCAAGACUGGGGUGGUUAAACGUUUGGCCAAAGAGGAGGUGUUGUACAUAAAGGAGGCAAAGCAGCAGGAAGAGAAGAUUGAGCGUCUCAAGGCAGAGGCAGGAGAUGAGUAUUUUAAUCAAGAAACAGGUAAGAAGAAUAAACUACCUGAAACAACAGCUCUGUUGAGAAACUUGAGACUCACUCAUAAAAUAAUAGAACCAUAAAAGUACUACGUUUGG